UCUUAUUGGUGUGAUUACGGUGUGCUGAAGGUUAGGUUGAUCUGAAGGAGGUGGUCCGGUUCUUUCUUUCUCCAGAAGCUUCUCCCCGUUGCCGGCUUCCUUAUCUCCUUUCAGUCCCCAAGAUGAUGGGCCGCCCGGUACUCGUGCUCAGUCAGAACGUAAAACGAGAGUCUGGAAGGAAGGUCCAGACGGGAAAUAUUAAUGCUGCAAAGACUAUAGCAGACAUCAUUCGAACAUGUUUGGGACCAAGGGCUAUGAUGAAGAUGCUUCUAGAUCCAAUGGGUGGAAUUGUGAUGACCAAUGAUGGAAAUGCAAUUCUCAGAGAGAUUCAGGUGCAGCAUCCAGCAGCUAAAUCUAUGAUUGAAAUCAGCCGUACUCAGGACGAGGAAGUGGGAGAUGGGACCACAUCUGUCAUCAUUCUUGCUGGUGAGAUGUUGGCUGUAGCAGAGCAGUUUUUGGAGCAGCAGAUACACCCAACUGUUAUCAUUAGCGCGUAUCGCAAGGCCCUGGAUGACAUGGUUGCUUCUCUGAAAGAAAUCAGCUCUCCUGUUGAUGUUAAUGAUAAAGAACUGAUGCUGAAGAUUAUUAACAGUGCUGUAAACACAAAGGCAAUUAAAAGAUGGGCAGAUAUGGCCUGCAACAUUGCUCUCGAUGCUGUGAAAACUGUCCAUUUUGAAGAGAAUGGCAGAAAGGAGAUUGAUAUUAAGAAGUAUGCUAAAGUAGAAAAGAUUCCUGGGGGAAUAAUUGAAGACUCCUGUGUCCUUCGCGGCGUUAUGUUGAAUAAAGACAUUACUCACUCGAAGAUGCGUAGGGUGAUCAAGAACCCUCGUAUCAUUCUCUUAGACUGCUCUCUAGAGUAUAAAAAAGGAGAAAGCCAGACAGAAAUUGAAAUCACACAGGAAGAGGAUUUUGCCCGCAUCCUUCAGAUGGAAGAGGAGUACAUCCAGCAGAUCUGUGAGGAUAUUGUCAGACUUAAACCAGACGUUGUUAUCACAGAGAAAGGAAUCUCUGAUUUGGCUCAGCAUUACUUGGUUAAGGCUAAUAUUUCCGCCAUUCGCAGGGUCCGUAAGACUGACAACAACAGGAUUGCCAGGGCCUGUGGAGCUCGUAUUGCCAGCCGUACGGAUGAGCUGCGGGAUGAAGAUGUGGGAACUGGAGCAGGGCUUUUUGAAAUCAAGAAGAUAGGCGAUGAAUAUUUCACAUAUAUCACAGAAUGCAAGGAUCCCAAAGCCUGUACUAUUGUUCUCCGUGGGGCCAGCAAGGAGAUACUGGCAGAAGUAGAGCGCAAUCUCCAAGAUGCUAUGCAGGUGUGCCGAAAUGUGAUGAUUGACCCUUACCUUGUGCCAGGAGGUGGUGCAUCUGAGAUGUGUGUGGCUCAUGCCCUUACAGAAAAGUCAAAAGCCAUGACUGGUGUAGAGCAGUGGCCGUAUCGUGCUGUGGCGCAGGCUCUCGAGGUCAUUCCCAGGACUCUCAUUCAGAAUUGUGGAGCCAGCACCAUCCGUGUGCUGACUUCUUUGAGGGCAAAACACACCCAAGAAGGCUGCCAGAGCUGGGGUGUUGAUGGUGAGACCGGUGUAUUAGUAGACAUGAAGGAGCUGGGCAUUUGUGAGCCACUGGCUGUGAAACUGCAGACUUACAAAACCGCAGUGGAGACUGCAAUUUUAUUGCUCCGUAUAGAUGAUAUUGUAUCUGGCCACAAGAAAAAGGGUGACGACCAGGGCAGGCCUACUCCGGGAGAACCCCAAGAAUGAGUUGUACCAGCCUAAGCAUGUUGUAUAGAACCAAGCGGGAAACAGACUUCAGCACUUGAUCAGCCGUUACAAAAGCCAUUGGAGAUUCCAUUCGUCCCUCUUCCAUUAUAUUAGGAUCUUACAGAUGGAAACUCUUUGUAUUUAUUAUCGUCUGAGGAUAGGGGAGAAUGAAUGUAAAGGCAGGAGAAGUGAUGUUAUGCUCUUGACUGAGCCUCGGUUAUAUGUUCUGCUUUCUUUCUGACAAUAAAAACAUUGUUUGGAA